UCCUUUUGACAUCUCCGAAAUCCCGACCCCUCUUUCACCGAUAAAAAAGAAGCCAGCUGGUAGGAGGCUUAACCUACGCACCCGCUCCACGAAGCCUCAUCCGUCGGUCCUCGCGCGAUGAUGAAGGCAUCCGUGAAGGGCAGAUGCGCGACUGACAAGAGCAGCGCGUCCGCGACUCUCUCCAUCAACGCCGGAGAUGUGAAGCUGCGCGCGUCCAUGACGGACGCGACGCUCGUCAACGGCCCUUCUCUCAACGGCCUCUCUCUCUCCAUCGACAAGCCCGGCUCCUUCUUCAUCGACUACAAUGUCCCCAAAAAGGAUGUUCGAUUUCAAUUCAUGAACACCAUUCGGGUCUCAGACAAGCCGUUGAAUCUGACAUACUCGCAUGUGCGUGGCGAGAAUCGGACGACGCUCGAUGGGACCCUCGUCAUGGACCCGGCAAAUAAGGUGUCGACAAAUUACAUUUUUGGGUCCGGGAAUCUCAAGGUGAAGUACACCUACGUGCACGGUGAGGGGUGGAGGACAUUCGAGCCAUGCUAUGACUUCUCAAAGAACUCGUGGGACUUUGCUGUGUCACAGAGGGUCUAUGGGGACGACGUCCUUCGGGCAUCAUACCAGACGUCAAACAAGCUGGUAGGCCUGGAGUGGGCCCGGAAUUCAAAGGUGUCUGGAUCCUUCAAGAUUUCGGCGUCUCUCAAUUUGGCAGAGGAAAUCAAAGCUCCAAAACUCAGUGCUGAGAGUACUUGGGACUUUGAGAUGUGAUUUUUAAACUUUUCAUAUUGAAAUUCAUGUGGCCAAAAUCAAGCUCUUCACUAUUGAUUGUAACAAUUUGAAGUUUUCAGCUUCCAACUGUUUCUUUAUUUCCAUUGAGUAUGAUUUUUACGCUGUUGGCAAGCUGAUAAUCUAGCCAAAAGGUGGGUCUGUUGGUUGUU